GGAGACUGCAUAUCUGCCGCCGUGCUCACGGGGUACGCUGCGUGUCCGCUGUCCGGCUGUUAUUAAACCAUGCGUCUCCUGCAAGGCGGAGAGUCACCACCGAGGUUGCCCUGAUCCUGUCUGUUGCAAAGUGCGGCGGUCGGCGGACAGCGCAUCCUGCAACCAAACGGCUCGUGUCAUCAUGCCUGGCCCACGGACACUCCCACCGCCAACACGGGCUAUUUAUACCGCCGAAGCGCUCGGAGGCAACCAGUGAGACGGGACGGAUAGCGCAUCACAGAAUUCAUCAGAAGUGUCUGUUCCACAGAGUGCCAGCUCUGUCUCUGGCUGCUACUAUGCCUCUACUGGAAGAAAGCUCUCUGCCCAGGGACGGCCCUCCCACUGUGCCAGUAGUCAUUAUCGGUAACGGCCCCUCAGGUAUCUGCCUGUCGUACCUGCUGAGUGGAUACACCCCCUACCUGGACCCAGCCACAGUGCACCCAAACCCAGUGCUGUAUCGCAAGCUGCAGGAGAGCAAGCACCUGCCUAUCACCGAGCAGGACCUGGAGCUCCUGUGUGAGGGCCUGGAGGGUCGCUCUGCCAACCCCGUGGCGGUGCUGUUUGACACUCUGCUGCACCCCAACGCAGACAUGGGCUUCGAGCUGCCCCCUGUGUUGCAGUGGAGGCUGGAGCCUCAGCGCCACAUACCCCACCUGGUGCUGGGCAAGGCCACCCCUGGGGGCGCCUGGCAUGCUAUGGAGGGCUCAAUGCUGACCAUCAGCCUGGGCAUCUGGAUGGAGCUGCCAGGGGUCAACUACAGGGACAUGUGCCCAGUCAAACGCAGGGGGGUGGCCAGUGACCGCGCCUCACCAGAGGACAUCUCCUCGUACUACAAGAACUACGUGAAGCUGAUGGGUCUGCAGAAGAAUUUUGUGGACAACACCUACGUCACCUCUGUGCAGAGACUCCACCGCGGUCGCCACGGGGACGACCUGACCAACGGCCACGGCAAGGACGGCGACCUGGCGAACGGCGUGAAGCGAAACGGGAGAAGGAUGGUCAACGGUGGAGUGGGCGGCGGCAUCGGGGUCUCCCCUGGGCUGGCGCAGGGGCUGUGGGAGGUCCGGGGCUACCAGCGCGUCCAAGAUGACACCCACGUCCCCUUCAGCCUGUUCGCCGAAAACGUGGUCCUGGCCACGGCGUCCGAUUCGCCGGCGCGGCUCGGUGUGGAGGGCGAGGAUCUCCCCUUCGUCUUCCACAGCGUGCGCGCCCUCGGUGUGGCCCUGACCGCUGGCGCGGCGCCCUCUGAGCCCGUGCUGGUGGUGGGCGCGGGGCUGAGCGCGGCCGACGCCGUCCUGUGUGCCCGUAACCAUGGCAUCCCCGUGUUACACGCCUUCCGCAAGCGCGCCGAUGACCCGCAGCUCAUCUUCAAGCAGCUGCCCAAGACCCUCUACCCCGAGUACCACCGCGUCUACCACAUGAUGUGCUCCCAGAGCCCCCCCAUGGCCCCCAGCCCCACUCCCGGCUCGGCCUCCCCCGCCAGUGGGGCCCCUGCCCCUGCCCCUGCCCCUGCCCCUGCCCCUGCCCCUGCCCCUGCCCCUGCCACAGGCCCGAAGGCCAGCUACGUCAGCUUCCCCGAGCACUGCGUGGUCUCCUUCCAGCCGGACAUGCGCUGCGUGCUCCAGGGCCCCGGCGGCUCGCUCCGCGCCCUCAAGGUCUCCAUGGCGCUGGUGCUAAUCGGCUCGCACCCGAACCUGUUUUUCCUGAAGGAGCAGGGCCGCUACCUGGGCCUGGACACCAGCCGGCCCAUCUCGUGCAAGCGCAACCCGCUGGACAUCCACCCGUACACGUUCGAGUGCGGCGCCGAGCCGGGCCUGUUCGCCAUGGGCCCGCUGGUGGGCGACAACUUUGUGCGCUUCCUCAAGGGCGGCGCUCUGGGCAUCGCCAGCUGCCUGCUGAAGAGACUCAAGGAGAAGAAGAAGAGGGGCAAGCUCAUCGCCAGCGGAGCCCUUCAGAGAGGGGAGGGCGGAGGCCUGGGGGAGGGGGGGGGAGGGUUCCUCUGA